AUGAGCCUCUUCACGGUGGAGCAGCUGGAGCUGAUCAGACGGCUCAAGACCACCGGUAUCAAUGCGGAAGCUGUGCUAGAGGCGUUCCGCACCCUCGAUGAGCUUGAGCGUGAGCUCGAAGUGGCGGCCCGACAGGUGCAAUCCCUCUCCCAAAUAGCCAUGCCAAGCAUCGAGCCUUCAUCAACAAUAUCAUCCCCUCCGGUCAUCCAACCAACAAAUCAUCUACCACAAGCCGCGUCACCCCCCGCGCCAAGCCCUAUCUUGUUGCAGGCGUUGAGAGCGCAGAACCCAGUCCCGCUGCUGAUCUCUACCACCUCUCCUCUGAUCCCAUCCUCAUCCCCAGAACGGCCGAUGUCCAUCCAAACGGCUCCAAUUCCAUCUACAGCCUCGGAAUCCCCGCAUUUCUCCUAUGAAAGCCCAUCUAGUUUCUCCUACGCCCAAUACGUGCCCGGAACUCGACCAGUUCGAAGUCUACGCACCCCCAUGAAGGAGAUCACAACCCUCGACGACCCGCAAGAGCUUGAGGAUUUUAUGAAGCAGGGCGAGGAGGGAUGUAUCAACGACAUGAAGCAGUUCAUCACACAAUACUCACUACGACAAACAACGGUGGCUAUGAUGACCGGCGUUUCCCAACCCUACAUCUCAAAACUCCUCAACGGCAACCACCGCGAACUAUCACUGCGCUGCCGUAAAAACAUCUACUCGUGGUACCUGAAUUGCCGGCGGCACCCAGAGAAGCUUGCCGCCUUCCUCGCCGACCCCGCCUCGCGCCUGGAGACGAACGGCGACGGCGAGCUGGUCCCACAACGAAGGGAGCGAUACGUGUUUAGACCUAUUUUAAUUAGGAUGUUGGAGCAGUUCUUCGCGCAAACUCCUUUCCCGGACCUGACGCGACGCAUGGAAAUUGCCAACGCGUGCAACGCCGCCCUGAAGCAGGACAAGAAAGAGCUGCUCGGACCUCGGUUCUACGCCAUCCCCACUUCC